AUGGGGCUAGCGUGUGGAGAAAAUUGUAAGUUAAAAUGUUCACAAAAAGUUACAGAUUUUGAAAGUAACCUGCUUUUUAAGGCGUUUUGGUCGAUGGGAGAGAUAGUUCGACAUUUAGAUUUAGAUUUCAUCAAUAAGUACUGUGAUAAAAUUCCAAAACAUCGUGUUACUACUGAAACUGCUUCAAGAAGAGAAUUCACUUUACGAUAUUAUUUACCUACAAAAGUAGAUGAAAUUCAAAAUGCCAAUGAAAUAAAUGAGACUGAUUUGCUGGCUACAAAACCACAGGUAACGAAGACACAAGUUUGCAAAACCAUGUUCUUGAACACUUUUGGAAGGUUUCGUUUACUCCGCUCUGAAAAAACUGUCAUUGCAAGGCACUGUUGUCCACGACAAAAGAAGCCUCCAUGGGCAUACUAA